CUGCGACGGUAAACGUCAUAAACCGUGCUGUGAAGCAGCAGAACUUCCCCCGGUGACCGAACCCUAACCCGCUGAGGCUAAUCAGCUCCGUCGAUCCUCCGUAUCUGAUCAGUUAUCGAUCCGGUUAUCAACCGUAUCGGAGGCUUAUCGGCUCAGUUCCUCCUCCAGCGGGUCUCCUUAUCGGCGGAAAGAUGCUCCGUGUUCGGGCGGCGGCGUGUCGGUCCUGGAGGCGGUUCCAGACGUCGUCCUGUGCAGCCGUGGAGGUGAAGAAUGAACCGAUCCUCGGAUUCACUGAGGGAAGUUCAGAGAGAAAAGAACUGCUGAAGGCAUUGAACAGCCUGAAGGGGGCGACGGAGGACAUUCCCUGUGUGGUCGGAGACGAACAUGUUUGGACCAAAGACAUCAGAUAUCAGCUAUCGCCCUUCAAUCAUUCCCAUAAAGUGGCCAAGUUCUGCUACGCUGACAAGGAGCUGAUCAAUAAAGCCAUCAAGGCGUCAGUGGCGGCAAGGAGAGAAUGGGACCUGAAACCCGUCCAGGACCGAGCUCAGGUUCUGUUCAAAGCAGCUGAUAUCAUCAGUGGACCGAAGAGGGCCGAGAUCCUGGCCAAGACCAUGAUAGGACAGGGGAAGACGGUGGUCCAGGCUGAGAUUGAUGCUGCUGCUGAGCUCAUCGACUUCUUCAGGUUUAACGCCAAACAUGCCAUUGAGCUGCAGGACCAGCAGCCGCUGGACGCUGCCGGGAGCACCAACACCAUGCUGUACCGGGGCCUGGAGGGUUUCGUUGCUGCUGUGGCUCCGUUUAACUUCACAGCGAUCGGAGGAAACCUGGCAGGAACGCCAGCUGUGAUGGGGAACGUGGUUCUGUGGAAGCCCAGCGACACCGCCAUGUCUGCCAGCUACGCCGUCUACAGAGUCCUGAGGGAGUCCGGUCUGCCGCCCAACAUCGUCCAGUUCCUCCCGGCCGACGGUCCGGUGUUCGGAGAUGCCAUCACCUCCUCAGAGCACCUGGCUGGCAUCAACUUCACUGGCAGCGUUCCGACCUUCAAGCGUCUGUGGAAGCAGGUCGCCCAGAACCUCGACACCUACAGAACCUUCCCUCGGCUGGCAGGAGAAUGCGGAGGGAAGAAUUUCCACUUCGUCCACUCAUCCGCCGACGUCCAGAGCGUCGUCAUGGGAACCAUCCGCUCAGCCUUCGAGUUUGGAGGUCAGAAAUGUUCGGCCUGUUCCAGGAUGUACGUCCCCAACAGCCUGUGGCCCCAGAUCAGACAGAAGAUGGUGGACGUCCUCAGAGACGUCAGAGUGGGAGACCCAGUGGAGGACUUCAGCACCUUCUUCUCUGCUGUGAUCGAUGACAAGUCCUUUGCUCGGAUAAAGAGGUGGCUGGAGCACGCCAAGUCCUCUUCAAACCUGGCGGUAAUCUCUGGAGGAACCUGUGACGACUCCAAGGGUUACUUUGUGGAACCGACCAUCAUCGAGACCCGAGACCCUCAGGACGCCAUCAUGAAUGAGGAGAUCUUCGGGCCGGUCCUCACCGUUUACGUCUAUCCAGAGAAGGACUACCAGAAGGUUCUGCAGCUGAUUGACAGAACGUCUCCAUACGCUCUGACUGGGGCUGUGUUCGCCAAGGACCAGAAGGUGAUCAGCGACGCGGCCGAAGCUCUGAGGAAUGCUGCAGGAAACUACUACGUCAACGACAAGUCCACCGGCUCCAUCGUGGCCCAGCAGCCGUUUGGUGGCGCCAGAGCUUCAGGCACCAACGACAAACCUGGAGGUCCACAUUAUGUCCUGAGGUGGACGUCUCCUCAGGUGGUGAAGGAGACUCACGUCCCCCUGACAGAGUGGAAGUACCCCUACAUGGGCUGAGGAGGCCCAGAGGAGGUCCAGAGGGUUCCCCUGACCCUAACCCAUCCUUCUAUCCUCCAUCCGUCCCUCAGCAGAUGGUUUCUUCUCAGAUUUCUUUGAGACUCUUUGCACUGAACCUGGACAUCCUCCAUGAUCAGUUCUAAACAUCUAAACACUGGUUCCAUCCAUCACUGACUAAAUAUCUCCAGCUGCUGCUCUCACACAAACUGUUGCUGCUCAGAUAGAAAUAGUUUCAUCAUUAAUCUGGUAUUGAUAAAUCAGUUAUAGCUGAUCAAUGAUUUAAUAGAUUUUUGUUUUUAUUCUGUCUUCCAUCAAAACAAUCAGGAGACGUGAUUUUAAAUGAAAACCCACCACAUUAUCAAUAAUUCAUCAAUAACUCAUCAAUAACUCAUCAAUAAUUCACCAAUAACUCACCAAUAACUCACCAAUAACUCACCAAUAAUUCAUCAAUAAUUCAUCGAUAGUUCAUCAAUAGUUCACCAAUAACUCACUAAUAACUCACCAAUAACUCAUCAAUAACUCAUCAAUAACUCAAUAGUUCAUCAGGAUCUUGUCCUCUGACUGUUCAGGUGUCAAUCUGUAAUCUGUGUUUCUGAUCAAUUAACUGAUUUCCAGAUGAAUGCAUCAGAUUAACGAUAGUUGGAGUAAAAUCCUGAUUUUAUUUGUUCCAGACGAAGAAUUUAAAACUUCAACCUGAAUUGAUGAAAAGUUUCAUUUCUGAAAUAUCUAAAUGUUAUUCUAAUGCAGAUCUAACUUUGAUCUACCGUUGAUCUGAUGUUGAUUUGACGUUGAUCUACCAUUGAUAUAACGUUGAUCUAACGUUGAUCUGACGUUGAUCUGACGAUCUAACGUUGAGCCAACAUUGAUCUAAAGAUGAUCUAACGUUGAUCUAAAGUUGAUCCAACUUAAUCUAACGUUGAUCCGUUAACCUAACAAUCUAAAGUUGAUCUAACGUUGAUCCAACGUUGAUCUAAAGUUGAUCUAACAUUGAUCUGACGUUGAUCUAACGUUGAUCCAACGUUGAUCUGAUGUUGAUCUAACGUUGAGCUAACGUUGAUCCGACGUUAAUCUGACGAUUUAACGUUGAUCUGACGUUGAUCCAACGUUAAUCUAACGAUCUGAAGUUGAUCUAACGUUGAUCUGAUGUUGAUCUGACGUUGAUCCAACGUUAAUCUAACGUUGAUCUGAUGUUGAUCCGACGUUGAUCUGACGAUCUAACGUUGAUCUGAUGUUGAUCCAACGUUAAUCUAACGUUGAUCUGAAGUUGAUCCGACGUUGAUCCAACGUUAAUCUAACAUUGAUCUGACGUUGAUCUAACGUUGUUGUCGUGUCUCCUCAUUUUCUUGCAGCAGUUUGUAGACUUGAAUGUUUCAGGUGAUUUAAAAUAUUUUCAUAUAUUUCCUGCCUUAGUAACUGUAUAUUCAGAUUGAUAAUUUUUGACAAUAAAUAUUAAAUUAUUAAAAUCUAAA